AUGGCGACAGCGCUGCAGAAGCAGCUCGCGGCCAUUGCCGCCUCGAGCACCCACCAGCUCGACCUCAAGGCGCAAAAGUCGGCGCACGGCAAGUCGCUGCUGUUCGAGGCCAAGGUCGCGGGAUCGCAGUCGUUCGCGAGCCUCUACCUCAUAUGCCAUGACGGCUACCGGGAGCUAUGCGCACUGGACCCCCGCUUCCGCCAGUUCUCCAACAGCCUGUUCAGCGAGCAGAGCACGGAGGAGGACAGGCUGCAGAUGACCGAGGCGGAGAACAGGAAGCUCAACACGGUAUUGGAGGCUUUCAUCACAUUAGUGGGGCCGCGCCUGCUGCUGAAGCCGGCGCAGAAGGCGCUGGAGUGGCUCGUCAGAAGAUUCAAGGUGCACGAACACAACACCGAGACGCUCGUCUUCACCUAUCUCCCCUACCACCAGACGCCCCAGUUCGUCGCAUUACUCUCGAUACUCCCACCCCAGCCGCGGCAUGCGCUGCGAUUCCUCUUCCCGUACAUUCAGGCGAACACGAAUCCGCCAAGACAGACGAUUGUCUACACAGCAAUCAACACCCCCGAGUUCUUCAAUGCCUUCCAGUCGUACAUCGUUCGCGUUCUCGAAAGCGGGCACGAGUCGACAGUUCUGCUCAACUUCUGGGCCACUCUCACUUACCAGGCCAUCCAUGGCAUCUUCAACAGCGCCACAUCGGGCAGGCGCGAGAUGCAGGCGCAGAAGACGGAGGAGGUGCUGCUCCGAGUGCUUCCCGUGCUCAACAGCUCGAUGAGGGUCUCGAACGGGCCAGAGGUGGUUGUGGCAUGCUACCUGAUGGUCCAUGCGCUCGUCACCAGUGCGCAGUUGGGAGACAAGGUGCUAGACAGCCUGAUGGAGGCCAUGGUUCUGGCACAGGACGCCGACUCGCUGAACCAGUGCAUACUGGUCCUGGCUACAGUCGCUGAGCAGCGAUGGAGCGCGCAGAUGCCGAAUGCGGUGACGAAGAGGCUCUUGAGGGUACCACAACUGCCAGCCGCUUUGGCAACGGCAUCCGCGCAAUGCUCUGUUGGUCGUCUUGCGCUAGGCUGUGCUCUGGGCGCACUGCGUGGUGCCAGCCGCUCGGACGAGAAGCGCGCUACGUUCACAGAGAUUGUCGAGUCGAAGCUCCUCACAGCACCGCAGGCGCAGAUUGUCCUGUCCACGCUGCUUCGGGCAGUACGGGACAGCGCGGCCGGCUCUGAAGAGCACGGCCAGCUUCUCGAGCUCGCUGCUACACUCGCCGAGGACCGUACUUUGGCGAGCAAGAUGCAGAUCACUGCCAAGGACAACGACAUCGACCUAGAAUCGCUUGGCCUCUCCGUUGACCAGUCCAUCGAGGAGGAUGCACAAGCAGUUGCGUUCGAGUCUGAAGACGAGGAGAUGGUCGAUGCCGACGAGACCAGCGUUGCGUCGACAAUACCAGUUCCAAGUUUCGAGACCAGCAGUUUCCUGGAUUCCGCCGCCUCGAACGACUACAACGCUGUCGCAGCGGCGUUCGAGCAAGCCGUGUCUUCCAACCAGACCACUCGUUUCCUUGCCUCCUCGGAGCUCCGGCAAAAGGACGCCGACAAGUCGAACGUGUAUCUUACCUUCCUGGUCCGUGCAUGGUGCACUUCACGAUCCGCUCCUGUUCGAGUCGCUGCCCUCCGCGCCACCGCAUCCACCAUCAAGCGCGCCGCAGCAACCGCAGACUUCCAACACAUCAUCCCCUACCUUCUCCACGCACUCGGCGACACAUCGUCCCUUGUCCGCCGUUCUGCUGCAGCGUGCGUUGCUACGCUGUCCAAGCGCUCGGCCUCGAAAACGCCAAAGGUCUGGGGCGCUGGCUUGUACGGCAAGGGUGCUGGCGAGCCUUUCGAGCUCAAGACCGAUGAUGCUGCCACCUUCCUAACAUCAGUCCUCACUCCGGUGCUUGAAGAAUGUGUGAUGGACUCAAAGUUCGUCAUGGCAGGAGUGAGGGAUGCACUGGAAGGUUCGCAGUCCGCAAAGUCUAAGCAGAGCAUCAAAGCGCCCGUCCGAACUGCAGUCCUCGGCUUCUUGGCCAGCCACGUAUCCGCUACGCCUCUCUUGAAGGUCAGGGUGAACGUGCUGCCAGUCUUCACCUUCUCCGGCAAGAUCUCGGCCGUUGUUCGCAGCGACGCUGUCAUCCCGCUGGUCCAGCAGUGGUGCGCGCUUGCAGCUUCGGAUGUGGCUACAAAGUGUGCAGACGAGCAACUCUCAGUCGAAGACGCGGACAAAGGACAUCUCAAUGCCCUCAUGGCGAAGGAGGCUAAGAGCGCGCAAUUGCUUGGCGAUGUUGUCUCAGGAUCCAUCAACAAGGAGCGCGUUGCCUUGAUCGCUGCCGCUUUCGACCAGAUCAAUGCAUUCUGGCCCUCCUUCAAAUCCGACUUGAAGCUCCCGCUCGCUCAGGCCAUGCUGGACUUGUCGCUCAAGGAGAGCACCGAGCCUUUCGACCAACUCUGCAGGGAGCGUGCCCUCGAGACGCUGCGCAAUGUCAAGCUCGACUCUCCUACUCUCAUCGCUUUCCUCGACAGUGUUCCUUCCGCGCUGCAGAUGCCCGAAGGUCCGCCAAGUAAAAAGAGAAGACGCACCAGCCGCAACGAGAUGGCACGGGUGGAGGUAUCGUCUACAGAUGAGCUGCAACGUCUGCUAAGACGACUCACCCUGGUCCUGGAACUGAUCGAAGGAUCGACUCCUGGUCAGCACCCUGACUUGUUCAGGAAUCUGUUCAACGUCUUCGGUGACCUGCAGCCGCUCAAGCAACAGUCGGGUUCCGAGCUGGUCUACCUGCAGAGCAUGAUUCUUGGCGCUUUGACACCUAUGGUGAACUUCUUCAAGGAGCAUCCCGAGGUGACCGACUAUCAAUCAGCCGUCCGUGCCGAUCUUCUCAUUGAUGCUAUUCGACACUCCACUAGCCCACAGGUGCAGAACAGCGCGCUCCUGUUGAUCUCCAACCUCGCAACGUGGGUUCCGGACUUGAUCCUCCAUAACCUGAUGCCCAUCUUCACAUUCAUCGGCUCGACUCUGCUUCGCCAGCAAGACGACUACUCGGCUCAGGUCGUCGACAAGACCAUCUCGCGUGUCGUCCCGCAACUGGCUGCCUCGCUGCGUGCAAAGCACAAGAACUUCCUGACUGGCGUCUCAGACUUGUUGCUAAGCUUCACCGCAGCCUUCGAGCACAUUCCGUUGCACCGAAGGCUCAAGCUGUUCUCGGAACUUGCCCGCACCCUCGGACCUAAGGAUUCAUUGUCCGCAAUCAUUGCUCUCCUGGCUGACCGAUACCACAACAGCAAGACUCAACGCAGAUUCUCGACCGAGCUUCUGCUUGUGUUCGACCCCAUACAUACAUUCGAUGCUUUUAAGGGCUACCUCGAUCUCGCGGUUGAUGCUGCUGGGCCGAAGCGCAAGGUCUCUGAUACACUGUUCGGUCUGAACGAAAAGAAGCCCGCUGAAGUCGAAUCCGCUAUCCAGAACCUCUUGGUGUGCCUUGCAGACCUCGCGGCUGAUGACAGACUUCGCGCACACGUCACCAGAGCAUUCCGACGCAAGUCUGAUAACAGCAGACCUCGUACUGUCUUCGCUAGCAUCGUCGAGGUCACCAUUCAGCUCUCCAAGCAGGUCGCAUCCACGCCCAAGCUGUACGAGUGCUGUAGCCGUGUGCUCGCCCGGUCCUUGGACCUCCUCCCCACCACCGAGCUCAUCAAGUCAGCCGAGCUGCUUCUCGCAAAGACGGAUGCUCAGGUACAAAUCGCGGCUAUCAAGUCGGUGCAAGUACGAGCCGCUUCGGUUGUGCAGAACGAUCGACACUCUGUCCACGCACUGGUCUCGUUCUUGCCUAGCGUCGAGAACGUCUUGCAGCAGUCAAAGUCUUUGGAUGCGAAGAUCAUCUCCGUCAGCUGCAUUGACAGCAUUGUAGAGCGCUUCGGCAAGAAGGAUGCAUCCGCUGUUGCUUCGGUCGCCCAGACCAUUGCUGGCCCACAGUCGCUAUCGCAUAGCGAUGACAGACUCCGCGUUCUCUCUCUGUUGUGUCUGACCUCCAUUGUGGACGUGCUGGAAGACGAGUUCAUCUCACUUCUGCCAUCUGUACUGCCGGUCGCGUUCGACUAUCUUUCCAAAGCUAUUGUGGAGGAGAACGUCGGUCUGCACAACGCAGUCUACACUCUCAUCUCAGACAUCGUCGAGCGACUUGGAUACAUGUUCUCGCGAGAGUAUCUUGACAAAGCCCUGCGGUUGUCGCAUCGCUCCGCCGCUGCGGAUCUGGAAGAAGCUUGCGACGAGAGCCGUCGCGCUUUCUAUCAGAGUGUAUCCGAACACCUUGGCGCGCAGGAGGUGUUUGCCGCCAUUCAGUCCACUUGGACACAUGCCGUCUCCCAAGGCUUCGAUGCAUCGCUCGAACACCUCGAGCUACUUCGCUCCACAGUUCACGUCCAGACCAAGGCUAAACUUAUCAAGUCUAGCUCAACGCUUUUCAACCUGAUCCUCUCCACCCUCAACCUGCGUACAGCGAUAACUUCACAGAGGGAUGUGGAGUUCGAUGACGAAGAAGUCGAGCAGCUCGAGAACACUCUCGUGGAGUCUGUGGUCGCAAUGGUGUUGAAGCUCAACGAUGCUACCUUCCGCCCCUUCUUCGUGCAACUAGUCGACCAGGAAGGACCGAUUGGCGCGAAGCCAGAGCGCGCCAUCACCUUCUACAGGUUCCUUGCCUCUUUCUUCGACAAGUUCAAGUCCAUCGUCACAACAUACUCAAGCUACGUCAUCGAGCACGUCGCCAAACUGCUCGAACAGCUCGUCAGUGAAGAUGCAAGCUCAGAUCUACGCAGCGUAGUCCUCUCAGCGCUACAGAAGACCUUCCAGCACGACCAGGAUGGCUUCUGGCAAGCACCUUCGCAUUAUGGCGUCAUCAUGAAGCCGCUCCUCAAGCUGCUCACCAUCACCGCUGCGGAAGAUGUCACAACAGACGUCAUUCCCACCAUCACCGAGCUCGCCGCUGCAUCCGCAUCUUCACUCGAUAACCACCGCGAGAUGAACGCAGUGUUGCUCAAGUACAUGCGCGAUGAGGAGGCGCACACACGUCUUGCGACAGUGUUGUGUGAGCAGAGUCUUACAAAGAGGUUGGGAGAGGAGUGGCUGGGUCUGUUGCCAGAGAUGCUGCCCUUCAUUAGCGAGCUCAGGGAAGAUGAUGAUGAAAUGGUGGAGAGGGAGACACAGAGGUGGAUAUCAUCUGUGGAGGAGAUCCUGGGUGAGGAUUUGGAGGGGAUGUUGCAGUAAAGCAAUCGGACAUGAAAAGUGUUAGGAGUUGUUGUUUGUUAGCAUUUACAGGUGUGGAUCUGGGAGGG